CUCGCGCGUCUUCAUUUGGAAGACGGUACAACCAUGACGGGUCGCUCCUUUGGUUGUCAUGAAUCUGUCGAGGGUGAAGUUGUGUUCGCUACGGGAAUGGUCGGAUAUCCCGAAAGCUUGACCGAUCCGUCCUAUCAAGGACAGAUUCUCACCGUAACAACGCCCAUGGUGGGAAACUACGGUGUGCCCGAUCGCAAGGCCGUCGACGAGUUGGGUCUGCCCGCGUACUUUGAAUCCUCGCGCAUUCAUGCUACCGGUUUGAUUGUUCAAGAUUACAGUCACCAUUACUCGCACUGGAAGGCAGCCAGUAGUCUCGGUGACUGGCUCAAGGAGGAAGGAAUCCCUGGUCUCUCCGACAUUGAUACUCGUAUGUUGACCAAGAAAAUUCGUGAAAAGGGAGCCAUGCUGGCUCGGAUUGAAGUGGAUCUCGACGCCCCCGUGCCAGAUUUCGGCAAAAUGGUCGACCCCAACGCGCGUCACCUUGUCAACGAAGUUAGUACCAAGGAAGUAAAGGUCUACGGAAAGGGCAAUCCGACCAAGGUUAUCGCCGUCGACGGUGGGAUGAAGUUCAACAUUAUUCGUCAGCUCUGCAAGCGUGGCGUAGAACUCACCGUCGUACCCUGGGACUACCCCUUUGCUUCCGAAAUGCACAAGUACGAUGGUCUUUUCUUGAGUAAUGGUCCCGGUGAUCCUGUCAUGUGCGAUGUGACCAUCAAGGAACUUGAAAAAGUCAUUUCUGUCCCGGACAGUGAAGUCAAACCCAUUUUUGGCAUCUGUCUCGGUAACCAGUUGAUGGGUAUCGCCGCCGGAGGUAUCGCCAAGAAGCUUCCCUUUGGUAACCGAGGUCAGAAUCAGCCGGUUCUCAACCAUCAAACAGGCGAAUGCUACAUUACGCCGCAAAAUCACGGAUUCCACAUUGACUGCGCCACUCUCAAGCCGGGAUGGAAAACGCUGUUCACCAACGCCAACGACGGAUCCAACGAAGGUAUCGCUCACGAGACUCGUCCCUACUUCACCGCGCAGUUCCAUCCGGAAGCCUCGUCUGGUCCCACCGACACGGAGUUCAUGUUCGAUACCUUUCUCGAAGCGUGCAAAAAGCCCAUGGACAAGAUCCGAUUCCCAGUCCGCAAACCCGCUCCACCUCGCUCCAACGCCAAGAAAGUCUUGUUGCUCGGAUCGGGUGGUACCUCCAUCGGCCAGGCUGGUGAAUUCGACUAUUCCGGCGGACAAGCCAUUAAGGCCCUAAAGGAGGAAGGCUUGGAAGUGGUCCUCAUGAACCCGAACAUUGCCUCGGUACAGACCAAUACGGAUGACAAGUCCGCCAGUAAGGCUGACCAUGUUUUCUUUUUGCCCGUCACCCCUGAAUUUGUCGAAGAAGUCAUCAAGAAGGAAAAGCCGGAUGGUGUCAUCAUAUCCAUGGGAGGACAAACGGCCUUGAACUGCGCCGUCCAAAUGCACGAAAGCGGAACUUUCGAAAAAUAUGGUGUCAAAAUUCUUGGUACGCAGAUUCCAGCGGUCAUCAACACCGAAGAUCGUCAGCUCUUUUCGGAUCGCCUCAACGAAAUUAAUGAAAAGAUUGCCGAGUCGUACACGGCCCAAACUAUCCCAGAGGCGGUGGAACAUGCCAAAAAGGUUGGCUACCCGCUCAUGAUCCGUUCCGCCUUUGCCCUGGGAGGACUCGGUAGCGGCAUCUGCGUUGACGAAGAUCACUUGAAAGACAUGGCCAAGAAGGCUCUUUCUGUUUCACCCCAGAUUCUGGUCGAGAAGAGCAUGAAGGGAUGGAAAGAAGUUGAGUACGAGGUUGUUCGUGAUACGCACGACAACUGUGUCACUGUUUGCAACAUGGAGAACUUUGAUCCACUUGGUAUCCACACCGGUGAUAGUAUUGUCAUGGCUCCCUCGCAGACUCUGAGCAACGAGGAAUACCACAUGCUCCGUGAGACUGCUAUCAAGGUCGUUCGCCACUUGGGAAUUGUGGGGGAAUGCAACAUUCAGUACGCUCUUCACCCGGAAUCGCUCGAGUACGCCAUUAUUGAGGUCAACGCGCGUCUUUCUCGUUCUUCAGCUUUGGCGUCCAAGGCUACAGGAUAUCCCUUGGCUUUCGUUGCCGCUAAGUUAUGCUUGGGUAUUCCUUUGACAGAAGUUGUCAACUCUGUCACCAAGAAGACACAAGCUGCUUUUGAGCCUUCGUUGGAUUAUAUUGUCACCAAGAUUCCUCGUUGGGACAUGUCUAAGUUUGAAGGCGUCAGUACCGAGAUUGGAUCCGCUAUGAAGAGUGUCGGCGAAGUCAUGGGCAUUGGACGGACCUUGGAAGAGUCUUUGCAAAAAGCGUUGCGCAUGGUGGACCCUUCGGUUGCUGGCUUCCAACCUAAAAAUCGUUUCGAGACCAUGGCGGCCUUGCGCAAAGAAUUGGAGGUGCCUACCGAUAAGCGCAUCUUUGCGAUUGCCCAGGCUUUGCAUGAGAAGACGAUGACGGUCCAGGAGAUCCACGACAUCACCAAGAUUGAUCAUUGGUUCCUCCGUCGUCUCGAAGACAUUGUCAAGGUCUGGGACGAGCUAGAGACAAUCACUCUGGACCAAAUGAGCGAUGACCAAAUGCUGACGGCAAAGAAGAUGGGAUACUCCGACGUUCAAAUUGCUGAGUGCUUAGGUGGAAAUUCUACGGAGGACGAUGUUCGUGCCAAACGUAUCGCUGGCGGUAUCCUGCCUUUCAAUAAGCAGAUUGAUACCCUCGCUGCCGAAUACCCCGCGGAGACCAACUACUUGUACAUGACGUAUCACGGUAUGGAAAAUGAUGUUAAACCCGCCGAUGGUGGUGUCAUUGUCCUUGGAAGUGGAGCUUACCGCAUUGGUUCUUCAAUUGAGUUCGAUUGGUGUGGUGUUAGUUGCAUCCGGACUCUCCGCCACUUGGGUUACAAGUCGACGAUGAUCAACUACAAUCCCGAGACUGUGUCGACUGAUUACGAUGAGUGCGAUCGUCUGUACUUUGAAGAGCUCAGCAAGGAGCGUGUUUUGGAUAUCUACCACCGCGACAAAUCGGAUGGUGUCAUUGUUAGUGUUGGAGGACAAAUUCCCAACGGUCUCGCUAUUCCGCUCGACAAGGCUGGCGUCAAGAUUCUCGGAACCACCGCCAAAAUGAUCGACAACGCCGAGGACCGUAACAAGUUCUCCGACAUGAUUGAUGAGAUUGGUGUCCAGCAACCGGCGUGGCGAGAGCUCACCACUUCACAGGACGCCUUGGACUUUGCCGCCAAGGUCGGCUAUCCCGUUCUAGUCCGUCCAUCCUAUGUUCUUUCCGGAGCCGCCAUGAAUGUUGCGUAUAACGAUGACCAGCUCCGUGCCUGUUUGGAAGAAGCUGCUACUGUAUCCAAGGAACACCCCGUUGUGAUUUCCGACUUUAUCGAAGGCGCCGUCGAGAUUGAAUGCGAUGGUGUAGGUAAAGACGGCGAACUCAUUGCUGCCGCAAUCCAUGAGCACAUUGAAAAUGCCGGUGUUCACUCUGGUGAUGCCUCGUUGGUCCUUCCACCCCACACUCUGUCGGCGUACACCAAAGAACGAGUCCGCGAAGCCGCCCGUAAGAUUGUCAAACGCCUCGACAUUACUGGACCGGUCAACAUCCAAUUCGUUGCCAAGGGAACCGAUGUCAUGUGCAUCGAAUGCAACGUCCGUGCCUCCCGCUCAUUUCCUUUUGUCUCCAAAACAAUGGGAGUUGACUUUAUUGAGGCCGCCACCAAGGCCAUUGUUGGCGAAGACACGAGUAACAUGAACUUGCCUACUUUGGAAACCCGCGACCGUCCCAACGGGUUUGUCGGUGUCAAGGUCCCGAUGUUCUCCUUUGCUCGUCUCCGUGGAUCCGACCCUGUACUCGGAGUCGAGAUGGCCUCCACCGGAGAAGUGGCUUGUUUCGGAGCUUCCAAGGAAGAAGCCUUCCUCAAGGCACUUCUUUCGACCGGUUUCAAAAUGCCCGAAAAGAAAAUUCUCGUUUCGGUCCAGGAAGAACUUAUCGACGAGUUUACGCAUUCUGCUUACCAGCUGCACGAGCUCGGGUACACGCUCGUUGCAACCGAAGCGACUGCCAAGGCUUUGGCAAAGAACCGUGUGCCUUGCGAAGUCGUCGCUUACCCCACGGACACCUCGGGUGCUCGUACGGCGGUGGACAUGAUCCGGGACGAAGAGAUUGGCAUGGUGAUCAAUAUUCCCACACACCAGUCCAAGCGUUUGAACGACAACUUCCAAAUGCGUCGAUCAGCUGUGGAUUUCGGUACACCGCUCUUGACUAACCUCAACUUGGUCAAGAUGUUUGCUGACUCUGUUUACCUUCACAAGAAGGAGGGGUUGACCGGCCUCGAACCCACCACUUUGUUUGAGCACUACGCCGCCGAGAAGGAUUCCGACGCGUGGACCAGUCCCACUGAAUUCCAUUAAAGUCGUACGCCGGGCAUCUUGGGAUGAUAGAGGAUUGUAGACAGGUUUACAACGUCGGGGUGACGACGAGAUGGAAGCACAAUGUCAACAUAAACGGUGUACAUUUACAGCAUUUACAAUUAAUCAGGAAAGAGUAGUAAAUAAUUGCGAAAUUUCGAACGCGGACUGUAGAGUAUGUAAACAUGCAAAAGAGGGUUUCCGUACCAUUCGUGCUGCUGGCCCCCAGCCACCCUUCGUGUUGGAACGCUCCCGGCACCUGGUUCCGAGGCAUGCACCACACUCACGGUGCGACAAUCGUACCGUUGUUGUUAGGCUUCGGGCUUGGCGGCCCCGGGUCCGGUCGGAAUGAUUUCCCCCGCACUUUCCAAAACACGGGCAAAGUAUUCAAUGGUCUUUUCCAAGCCUUUUUGUACCUUGACCUGGGGUUCCCAGCCCAGUUCUCGCUUGGCCGUGGUGAUAUCCGGUCGACGUUGGGAGGGGUCGUCCUCGGAUUUGGGUAAGAAGAUAAUGUCCGACGUACUCUUGGUGAGUUCUUGAAUGUAGGUGGCAAAGUCCUUGACGGAAUAUUCUUCCGGAUUGCCGAGAUUGACGGGAAGAUCGUAAUUGCCGUUCAUGAGCGCGUAGAGACCGUCGACGAGAUCGGUAACGUACUGGAAGGAUCGUGUUUGUUUGCCUUCGCCGUAAAUAGUCAUGUUCUUGUUCUGCAGGGCUUGUAUGAUAAAGUUGGAAACGACGCGUCCGUCAUUGGGGUGCAUGCGCGGACCAAAGGUGUUGAAUAUCCGUGCGACGCGGACGUCGACGCCGUUUUGGUUCUUGUAACUGUACAUCAUGGUCUCGGCCACGCGUUUGCCUUCGUCGUAGCAGGAGCGGGGUCCGAUGGUGUUAACGUUUCCCCAGUAGGAUUCGGGCUGUGGGUGUACCUUGGGAUCGCCGUAUAUUUCGGAGGUGCUGGUGAGUAGAAUCUUGGCGCGGACGCGUUUGGCGAGUCCGAGCAUGUUGAGGGUCCCCAUGGUGGACGUUUUGAUGGUUUUGACCGGAUUGUACUGGUAAUGCGGAGGUGACGCCGGACAGGCCAAGUGGUAGAUUUCGUCUACUUCGAGUUGGAUUGGUUCGGUGACAUCGUGCACCACGAGACUGUUCGGUGUAUGAAUAACAGCAUGCACAAACGGUGUGUUGUGAGUGUGUGUUUG